CGUUCUGAAAGAGCCCUGGAGGGGCUGUUUGGUCCAACAGAUCCCAUAGGCUCAGUCGGGGCUCUGCAGUGUCAUGCCCCGGAGCCCCCGGACAGCGCCGAGCUGGGCGCUGUUGCUGCGGCUGUUGGCACUGCUGCGGCCGCCAGGGCUGGGCGAGGCGUGCAGCUGCGCCCCCGCGCACCCCCAGCGGCACGUCUGCCACUCGGCGCUUGCAAUCCGGGCCAAAAUCUCCAGUGAGAAGGUAGUUCCUGCCAGUGCAAAUCCUGCUGACACUCAAAAAAUGAUCCGGUAUGAAAUCAAACAAAUAAAGAUGUUUAAAGGGUUUGAGAAAGUCAAGGAUGUUCAGUAUAUCUAUACACCUUUUGAUUCCUCCCUGUGUGGUGUGAAACUAGAAGCCAACAGCCAGAAGCAGUAUCUCUUGACCGGUCAGGUCCUCAAUGAUGGGAAAGUCUUCAUUCAUCUGUGCAACUACAUUGAGCCCUGGGAGAACUUGUCCUUUUUGCAGAGAGAAAGUCUGAAUCAUCACUACCUUCUGAACUGUGGCUGCCAAAUCACCACCUGCUACACACUGCCCUGUACGAUCUCGGCCCGCAACGAGUGCCUCUGGGCAGACUGGCUGUUGGAACGGAAGCUCUAUGGGUACCAGGCCCAGCAUUAUGUCUGCCUGAAGCAUGUUGAUGGCACCUGCAGGUGGUACCAGGGCCGCCUGCCCCUCAGGAAGGAGUUUGUUGACAUCAUCCAGCCCUAGUAGGGACCAGUGACCACCACACUCCUUCAAGAGUCCUGAAGACCAAGCCAGUUCUCCUUCCCUGCAGACCUCUGGCUGUCACCAUCUGCCUCAUUGCUGCCACCCCAUGGGAAGUACCAAGUAGACAGUCUGGCUAGCAUUAGGGCAGGGAUGGGGCAUGUUACAGCUUGUGUCCAAGACCCCAGUCCAGAACCUGUCAAGGGCUAGGGAAAGAAGUAUGACUUUUCUACCCUGGCCUCAGUCCUUCUCCCCUGCCUCCCAGAUCCUUUAGUCUAGCUGGUACCUGUUACUGAAAGUUUUGAUUCUGGCUUGGUUUGUCUUCCAAAGCCAGAACUAUUCCCUUUUCUCCCAAGGAAAAUUUGUUUUCUCCUACCUUAACUGAUCUGCUAGGGGAGAAAUGAUAAAUAUUAUACAUAUGAGAUAGUAUAGCGUUGUGAUGUACAAUACAGAAGGGGGGUUGACAGUAUCAUAAACAGGCUGAUUGGAGGAAUGACAAGAACAACAUACUAUGGCUGUGUAUCCUCUACUCCUGUCUCAACUCAUCCUAAUCCUCUCAGACACUUUCAUCUGUGAGAGUGACUUGGGGGAGUAUGGAGUCACUCGGUGUGAUACCUACAACGGCCUAAACUUCCUCCGCAUGCUGUAAUCCCCUCUAUACCAUUCCUGGAAGAGCAUCUGGCCCAGUUAGCACACCUUUUUGGACAAGAACAGACUUAGGUAUUGUAUCUCCAGGUUAACUGUCCUUAAUGCUGAUGUCCAUAAGACUUCUCUGCUUUUUAUUUUAGAAAGUCUUUUUCUA